AUAACCUCGUAUUUAUGAGUUGAAGUAGUAUACCUAAAUUGAUCUGAGUUGGGGCACCUAAUAAUUUCAUUUACUCACGUGCAUAUUAUUUUUGUCGUUAAUAGACACCGACACCUACUAUUUAUAGGAAAAUUCUACGUGUAUGCGUAUCAGCGGGCGUGAACAAACCACGACUGGUUUGAACUCGAUGACGGUGUUGUGUUUCGAUCCGUACCACGUUUUGAUCUCCUGAAAGCCAAUUUGCGAAGCAAACGGAUUCAUUUCUUGUGAUUACAGUGCAUGUGAUCGAUGAACCACUCUCUUGCCGAUCGCGUCAACGUUGCCUGCGAAAUCCUAAUGGUAUACGAAAUCAAGAACGCCUCACAGCUGCUGCUUAUCGCCAAGUUGUAGAGGUAAAACAUUGACAAAAGGCUUGAAACCUGUCUUAAAUCGUCGGACAGAUUACAAUAGUCAAGCCGCGUCAUCCAGUAAGGUCGUGCAUCGUAUUUUGGUCAAGUGAUUGACACAACCGGAGUAGGUUGAAAGUCGUCGUUGGUACACUCUCGUAGAGGUUAUGAUACUUCCACAAUACUGCAAUUAUCAAGUCCCACAGAUGUGCGUUAUAUACAUACCGUCAGUACCUCGUAUGUACAUUGGGUUCAGCACAGCUAGAAAAAAUGCUUUAGAUCAUCGAUAGCCCAACGCGAUACGAAUUCGUAGUUGAUCGGAUAACGGUUUUGUAGUGUGUAGUGUGUGUAAUAGACUAGUGUAAUAGCCAAGCAGUGUGGUGUAAUGGUGUAGUAGCGGUAGUUGUCGGUGGUGUAGAUCAGUGUAGAUUAGCAGUACAGUAGUAGUAGUAGUAGUGUAGUGAUAGUAGUAGAAGUAGAGUAGUGUAGUAGAAGUAGUAGUACAGUAUGUAUAUUACACAGUACGGCACGUUGCGCACACAUAUGUGCAUCGGAAGUACUUAUACGCUUAUUAUACACGUAUGAUUGCCAAUACAUAAUACUCGUUACAUAGAAUAUAAAGCAUAGGUAGGCAGCGGCAGAGGACUGGGUCGGUCGGUCCUAGUGUGUUGAGUGUGUCGUACUCAACGGUGAUGUAGAGAGGGGUAUGCACAUUUGUGAGAGUCAGCCACACCGAUUGGCGAUCACAUCGGCGCGCUCAUCCGUUCAUCUUGGUGUCCUGCCAGGUCGACCGCGAGCUGUGACCGCCAACUUUCCGUUCUUAAUCUUCUUGAUAUCGCAUUAGAUUCAUCGUGAGGUAAUAAAUACGAUUGUGUCGCAGACAAUCGCCGGUGCUUAUGGAUAAUUCGAGUACGCGUCAAACGCUAGUUAAUAUUGGUUGGUGGUUACCGGUGGGAUUCGAACGAAAUGCGUUUUAAUACCACGUAAAUAAAUAUUCUCCAUACAUAUGAAUGUAAGGUACCAGGCACUCUCCGUAGGUUAGGUUUAACACUCGUGACAAACCGAAUCCAGGACAUAGUCAAAAUUUUCGCCGUGGAUCAAAGACAUGCUCAUAUUUCUGCUGAUUGGUGAUUGAUAUUCUUGACUGACCUUUUCCAUCAUUUUGUGAUCUUCGGAACGCAGGGAAAGAUGCACGUACUUAGUGUCUGAGCUAAUUUUGAUUUGGCUAAUGCGUAACGUGCCAGAGUAAUUUGCAGACGAAUUUGCCUGGAGACAGGAAACAGGGACAGAUAGUAAAGAGUCCCAAUAUUGAGAGGAGAUUCACUGACAAAUGUUUGUCACUUGUGUGUCAGACGGCGGUCAAACUAUGUGUCUCGGCAAUGCUAUCAGGGCUGUGCCAAGAGACAUGUUAUGCUUUCUUUUGUACCUAACGAACGAGCGGUGAACGUACUCAAGAGAAAUCGGAUUCCCAAGGAUUGCAAGGGAAAGCAACCGACGAGGCCUCUACACUACCCAUUGGUAGUUAACUACCCAUGUCUCGGACUUGUGAAUACGUUGCGUUACGAGUAAACCGUUAUUUUUGGGUAUUUAGACCUACGCUGAGUGUUACGAGCCUUGCCGAGUUAUAUAUUGGGUAUCAAAGUGGAAGUCCUCAUGCUGAAGGAAAACAUAUCCCCGUACCUAAACGUCCGUAUAGAAGAAGAGUCAUACGUUAGGCUUGGCAAUGGAUCCCACGCCUAUGUGACGGAAACUUCAGAUUCAAGUGUGGCAGAAACUCCGAACUACAGCCACUCGAUAGCAGAAACCUACUUUGUGACUCCGAUUCUUUGCAUCCAUUGUAACGACUAUAUCUGGGGGAGUGGAAAAGUUGGUGUCAAAUGUAGAGCUGCCAUGAACCGUGCUACGAUAACUGCGACGUAUCGGCUGCACUCUGGGACAGGAAUGAACACACGAGAUGAUGAUGGAACCAAUGAUCAAGAUGAUGAUGAUGACGACGAUGGCAAUUGUAACCAUGCCAAUGAUGGAGACUUCUCUUUCGCUAACUGCAGCAGCAGUUUUAACGCCAUGCAACGUCGAUCGGGCAGUGAGCCAAAACUCACCCAGAUCUCAAAGCUCCUUACGGUUGACUCUGAAAAUUAUAUGCUACGCCAAAGCCCUGCGGACACACACUCUUUUGGGGAAACUAUUAUCAACGGCGGUAUUAAAUCACAACAGAUUUCGCAAAGUUUUUGCCGAUCUGUCAAUGAGCCUGAUCCUCUUGAUCAGGGGAUACCCAACUGUAAUAAACACACUAGUACCACUUUUGAUGAUAUUCCUGUUAUCCUCCCAAAGUCGGGACAAGUUAGCUGCGCACGUCCUCUAUCUUUUCACCGAGUUGUUUGCUGGUGUGACACACUUGUGUCUGAGUCUAGAACGCGACUAGAUGUUCCAAGUGUUGAGGAAUCAUCGGAGGUUUUCAUAAAAGAGGCCAAGAGAUCAUGGAAUCAUGGUGGUAGUAAUGUUAGCAACAGUAGUAAUUUUCAUAGCUGCGGCACUGCUAUUAGUAAUGGCUGGAAUAAACGGGGGUUACUGGAAGCUUCGACCUAUGCAACAAAUCUCUGUUGUUGUAUGUGCGGAUCUUUGUGUCCGAUAGAGUGCCAUGCUUGCUUUCAUCUUGCCUGCGUCGAGUAUAGCGGUCAACACCUGUGCCAAUGGAUCGACAAGGAUCCAACACGUUCAGGAACUACGUACGACAAAGAAAAGCCAGUAAGCGAGUGGACUGCAUUGAACGUUGUUGAGUGGAUGUCAGCUUUAAACCUAUAUCGUUACGCCGACGUCUUUAAAUCUAAAGAUAUUAAAGGCAGUGACUUGUGCAACUUGGACCGGGAUAAACUUAUGAAUAUGGGAAUCAAGGACGAGUUUCAUCAAAAAAACAUCUUGGUGUGCAUAGAAGAAUUGUGUCAUCCCACUUCCCAAGAUGCACCGCUCACUAGUACAGUCCAGCAAUCAACCACUGGAGUCACAAGUGCAAUAACCGCCCCUACGACCACUGCCAUUGUAACUCAAGGUGCUGUUAGCUCUUCUUCAGGCACAGCAAUCCCUCAACGUGGCUCUUGUCAUUCUCUAGCACCACGUAGUUUCAGCGUGUUAGAAAGAUGUGUUAAAUGUAACAAGUAUCUGCGAGGCCUGCUGCAUCAGGGCUUCCUUUGCCAAGCAUGCGGGCUAGUUGCCCACCGAACGUGUUCAGCUACAGGUUUACCUGCCAACUGUAUAUCUCCAGAUACCAAUUCUCAUUUUGCCAAUUUCAACACUGUGUUUGGCCUGGCCUUGUGUUCCCAAUUUGACACAUCCACCCACAGUGCGCCUAUCCUAGUCGAAAAAUGCACGCGUAUCCUGGAGGAAUCUGCCUUUGAAGACAACACUCUAGAUUUGUACAAAGUUUAUCACAGCACCCCAUCCAAGGAGCAGAUGCUUGAACUUCGACAAAAAGUUAACGACGACGUUGAUAACGUUGAUCUCUCCAAGUACAGCCCGCAGUGUGUAGCCAGCUCACUAAAAAAAUUUUUGAGAGAGUUACCAGAUCCUGUAAUACCUGUGCAGUGGUAUGAUACAUUUUUGGAAGCUUCUAGACUGAGAAAUGACGAGCAGUGUGCCAAGUGCCUUUUCAAUCUGGUUGGGGAACUUCCGGAGCAUCACAAGAGCACACUUUGUCACCUGAUGCUACAUUUCUGUCGAAUCUGCCAGUUGCAACACGCCCGUGGGUACAGAGAACCACCAACAAUUCUCAUUCAGGUCCUAUGUCACAUCUUUCUACGCCCACCUUGGGAACGCAUAAUUCAAGUCAUUCACAAUACCGAAGCACACAUUCGUAUCAUGGAAUUGUUGCUGCUUCACGGGGAGUGGGGAGAAAAGCUUCCAGAAUUUGCUAGUGCUCCCAGGUUGCCCCCUCGUAAAGUUUCUAGGCCGCAGUUCCCAGUAAUCGAUCAACUCAUUCCUGGGAUCAAUGACGAAGACUGCUAUCCAACAACGGGUAAUGAGAGAUCCUCUAAUAACUCGGACAACAUUGGCGGAAAGGACCAGUCGCAACAAAAUUUACAACAGCCACCGCAACACCAACCGCAACAGCACCGCCCACGCACUCUACAGGAAGCUGAAUGGUACUGGGGGGACAUAACGCGAGACGAAGUGAAUGAGCGUUUGACAGAUUCUCAAGACGGUACAUUUUUGGUUCGUAAUGCUUCCUCGAACGAUGGUGAGUACACGUUGACGUUGCGCAAGGGAGGUGCGAAUAAACUUAUCAAGAUCUGUCACCGGAAUGGAAAGUACGGAUUCUCGGAACCCUUCAACUUCCAAUCUGUCGUCGAACUAGUGGACCAUUAUCGGAACUGUCCUCUCACCCAGUACAACUCGAUCCUGAAUAUUAAACUUCUGUACCCGGUAUCUAGAUUUCAGCAGGACGAUGAUAUCGGCGGUAUGACGGAUAUGAAGAAUGUUGUACAGAAAUUCAUCGAACUAGACAAAGAAUUGAAUGAUGCUCUGAAGCAGUACAAUGACUGUUCGGAAUUGUAUUUAAGAACUUCACACGAAGUGCAGCUUAAACGACAGGCGCUUGACGCGUUCACAGAAGCUAUAAAAAUGUUUGAGGAUCAGAUGCGACUACAAGAGAGAUUUCAAAAAGAAGCUCAACCCCAUGAAAUAAUGACGUUGACCACCAACGCCGGAGUACUCAAACAAAGACUUGAGUCAUUGGAGGAAAGCAAAGAGCAGUUGGAUAAUAGUUUGAAGCACCAAAUAGCAUACAACAGAACCUUGGAGCGAGAGAUGCAUAAGCUUAAACCAGAGAUAAUUCAACUUCGUAGGCAGAAGGAGAAACAUCAAUUAUGGCUCAAAAAUAAUGGCAUGAAACAGCAACGAAUUAAUCAGCUCGCGUCGAAUCAUUCGUUGGUAAAUGCUGCUGUAGUUGCAGAUUUGCAGGAAUCUGAUUUGGAAGUGCAUGCCGACGAGAAGACCUGGUUGUAUCUCGAGGGAUUACGACCCGACGCCGAUCGGCUUUUGGCUGGGAAACCCGACGGGAGUUUCCUCGUGCGAAGAUCCAGUAAUGGGCAGUACGCUCUUUCGAUCAUGUGCAAUGGUACAGUGAAUCAUUGCAUAAUAUACGAGACCGAGCGAGGGUUUGGAUUUGCGGAGCCUUACAACAUUCACGAAUCAUUAAAGCAUCUCGUUCUUCACUACGCCCAAAACUCGCUUGAGGAGCACAAUGAAAGUCUUAACACGACUUUGAUGUAUCCGGCAUUUGCUGCGCCGAGUGCUCUUGCACGUUUACAGGCGCAAAUGCAAAUCCAGAACCAAACACCGUCUUCUCAACAGGCUGUAUCAACUAGGCAAACGUAGAAAUGUAAGCAUAUUUUAGAGUUGAAACAAAGUCCAAUCGUUCCUGCCUAGUGAACUUCGUGAAUCGUGGAAUUCGGUGACAAAAAUAAUCCUUGACCAACAGUGCUCGUGAAUAAGUUUUCCCUGCUUCAUCAAUGAUACUAUUAUCAAUCUACUUGGCAUUCACCAAGCGAGAGUGUAGUACACAUACCUCCUUUGGAAUAAGCGAAUGUGAUGCACUAACAACCUUUUUAUACACGAUAUACAUUGUAUAUAAAUUCGUAGGGAAGGUUCUCGUUGACGUAUCGCGACGUAUUAUCUCGUUUUGUUUAGAUAAGCAAACAGAGUGUAAGUUUUGCGCUCUUUGUUAUUGUUUACAAAGCGCUAUCGCACUAUUGCACUGUCGCAAGAAAAAUCUUCUUAGCAAAAAGUGUCGUGAAGCUGAAAUUGCCAGGUGUACUAUCUUCUGAAAUAUGUUGUCGAUGCUAUGUCACUAUGACAAUAACGAGUAGGGUGUAAUUGUGUAUAAUUUGAUCAGAUAUGUAUGUGUGUGUUCACACACAUACACACUCACAAAAUAUUUAUUCAAUAAUUUAAUGUUACAAAUGAACCAAUAUGUUCCAUUAAUGACUAAAGCCGAAUGGUGUUGGCAUUGUAGCCACAGGAUAGCAUAUGGCAUGGUGUUCAUUGUCUCGGUUAUUUCUCCUAUGAUGAUUGAUCUUUACGUGUCAAAAAUUUAGCACGAUACCUCGUGAUAACUAUGGUAAUAUAAGUAGAGUACUAUAGAUAUAGUAGGAUAAUAAAAUAAUAAUUUUAAUAAAUCGAAUAUACUAAGAGACAACUUUAAGCCAUACUAUGUAUGCAUGUAUGUAUGUAUGCGUGUAUGUACUACGUACGUAUGUACAAUACAUAUGUAUCGCGGGCUAAUAGUUGGGAAGGGCGCAACUCUCACUUUUUGUACCGUCAAGCAAUUUUCUGGCAUACUGGUUGUGUCUCCCGAAAAUGAAGUGAAGAAAAAUCGAAAUCACAUAUAUUCAGACGAAAUGCAAUAGGAAAAAAAACUUUUCUUACAAUUAUUCAAAUUGAUUUCUCUCUGGUAAUGCCGCAUCCUUCCGAUUGCAUGUAAAGCAUACAUCUCAUAAAAUCACGCAAAACCAUCUCCCAUAACGUAAAAAAAGUAAAUAAUUCGAUUUCAAUAAUUGUGAAGAGAUAUUUUCCAAAUACAAUUUGUAUCACCGUAAAUUCGAUGAUUCUUUUUUCUCCGUUUUCUGGGAUACUCUCAUGGCAGAGCACCCAUAGGUUUUAUGUGGGUCACGCGCUCCUGGUUCUUAGCCCUUGAUAUGUAGGACGAUGAUGAUGAUGUACGUAUUUGUAGCAAAGUUCGGUAUUUUAUAAUAAUCUGCCCCGAUUUAUAGCACCUCAAUAAUUUGUAUUAGUAAUUACGAAUGGAGUCUGGGGAGCGUUGUUGAAUCUAAAUGCUGGUGAAUUUUGUGCCUACAGAGCGGUCAGUGGUCGCAAAAUUUUUCCAGUUACGAAUUUUCUUAUUUUUGUUUCUUCGGGCCGAUUACCACGGUUAAAGACUUGCAUUGGCGUUAAACAUUCUCUACGGUGAUACUAGUCUGAAAUCAGCGGUUUGUUUUCCUUUAACUAACGAACGGCGCCCAAUGCGCGUCAUUCAAAAAUAUUUGAACAACUAAAAACAAAAAAAAAGUAGAAAAUGCAUUCGAUCAUAGGUGCAGUAUUCCAGAAUUCAACAUUAUCAAAGUACAAACGUCUUCGUCAUCUUGUCCGAUGUAUGAAAUAUACGUUACAAUACGUAGGAUACCUACUCAAUCGUGGACACGAUAUGCAAUAUACCUAUACAAUAUAUACAGAUACUUGUAGUAUGUUUAAAUAUAUUUUUACUUAUGAUAUGCAGAGGAUAGAACAUGAAACACGUGUAGAAGAUGAAAAGUUUGAGGGAAGAAAAGAAAUAAAAUCAAAUAUCGAAACGAA